AAAAUCUCUAGCUGUGCCACACUUUUGGGAAGAAACACACAAACCCAUUAUUCGUAUUACUCACAAAAGUGGUAAAAAAACAAAGGAAACACCGAUUAAUUAUUGUUGUGGAGAUUGAUGAUGGUGAGAACCCCGAGCUGUGACAAAAAUGGAGUGAAGAAAGGAACAUGGACACCAGAGGAAGACAAGAAGUUGGUUGAGUACAUUACCAGAUAUGGCCACUGGAAUUGGCGAUUACUCCCCAAGUUCGCAGGUCUUGCGAGAUGUGGAAAGAGUUGCAGACUAAGGUGGCUGAAUUACUUAAGGCCAAACCUCAAAAGAGGGAACUACACCAAGGAAGAGGAGGAAACUAUUAUCAAGCUGCACAGACAUCUGGGUAACAGAUGGUCUGCCAUAGCUGCACGGAUGCCAGGAAGAACAGACAACGAAAUUAAGAACCACUGGCACACCAACCUCAAGAAGAGGUCUCAACAAGACUCAGUAGCCACAGAAUCUAUAGUCUCAAACUCAAAUGACCAAUCUCCAACUGAACAACCAACUGCAAAUACUACUUUCCAAAGCUUUAACAGUACCACUCAAGAUUGUUCCCCACUUUCCCAGCAUUCAUCACCAUCCACAAGCACAGUGGUCAGCACCGAAAAUCUAGUGCUGAUGGAAGAUGAAUUUGCCUUUUGGGAUUCAGACACAGAUCUUAUGAGUGGGAAUUUCUGGCUAGAACCGUAUAUCCUUGAUAUUUCCUACGUUCCUGCUAGUGAACCUGAGUACUCUAGCCAAGUGUUUGAUGUAGAACUUUGGAGCCAUGAUACUUAACUGACAUCUCUGUGCUUGGAAUAUUACUUUUAAUAUAUAUUAUAUCAUUAGUUCAAACUUAUUAAAAAUUAUAAAAUUACCCUAGUUAUUAAAUAUGAAGUGUAAGUUACAAAAGUUUGUGAUUUUUAAUAAAA